AACGUCAAAUCAUCAAAUACAAAUAUUUACAUGUUUAGUUGCUGAGGAAAAUUUUCACCCCUUCGCAGCUUACAUACCAGUAUUUGUGUAGAGAUUCAGUGGAAAAGUGCUAAAAAUACAGAAAUCAACGAAAAUGUUCCGCUCGGCAACGACCUCAUCCCUUGCCUCACGGUUCUUUAUCUCGAUAAAUCACCCACGAAUAGCGCCACUUACCAUUCCGCUUGCUUCGUUCACGAAUCAUGCACCAAUCGCGCUCGAAGGAACGGCCCGGCAGCGCCAAUACAACCGGAACCGCGCCCGAGACGUACAGUAUCAGCAGCAAGAACAGCAGCGAAAAAGACGCCCAGGCCCGCUACACUUUAUCGCCGCUAGCUCAUUUCUGUCCUGGUUUAGCAAAAAAUCCGACGAUGAGAACACACCCGAAAGUCAGCUGAUCACCAUCAUCAAACGCUCGAUCCUAUCGAUACAGAAAGAGGAAUACCAGAAGGCGGAGCAAAUGUUACAUCUCGCACUGAAGAUGGCGCAGGACUUGCAGAGCAAGGAUGGCAUCACAUACAUCUACGACAUUAUGGCUAACCUCGCGAUGGAGGUCGGUGAUUUCGCCAAGGCAGAAAAACUUUUCGUCAACGUUAUGCAGCGACUGUUUUCGGACGGGUUUCUUGAGGAUCACAUCAAAAUGCUGCACAUCAGCUCGAAGGUAGCGCAUCUGGCCCAGCUGCAAGGACAUCUGGAUAAAGCGGCGCAAGGGUUCGAGUGGACGUUGGCGAAGUUGGAGGAAAAGCUGAAACAGCUCGGCGACGAUAACGUGAAAGAGAUCCGGGAGCUGUGGGGAAUCACGAAGAACUGGUACGCGCAGCUGCUGAUGGAGAGUAAACGCUUUGCGGAAGCGAAACAAGCGUUCCUGCAAGCGUACGAAGCGUACACCGAGAUACACGGGAAGCUCACCGAGGAAGGGCUUACGAUACUGAACAAUCUCAGCGUAGCGUGCUCAAAUUUGGAAGAUUACGCUUCGGCGGAACGGUUCCUGAAGGAGGCCAUUUCACUCGCGGCCCAAAUUCCGGACCUCUCGGAAGCCGGCGUGUACAAAGCGAAUCUCGGUUUGCUUUACCUUCAGCAGGGCCUACUGCGACAGGCGUCCGAGUUUUGCACGUUCGCCUGGCGCUAUGGCAACCAACACAAGCACGAAGAGACUGUGAUACAGGCAACGUACUGUCUGGAGCAAAUUAAAGCGAUGCAAAAGUAAUGACGACCCGCUCUGUUCCUUACGCUUUUGAUACUCCUGGCCGCCCAGGAGUACGACCUUACUCACGACGUUAUAAACCUUGUUACCUUCUUACCUGUUCGAUAAUAAACCUCAUCGGUGUGUACAAA